AUGUUAAAGCAGAAUAAGGCUUAUGGGAAGUUAUGGCAGAGUAUGAACUCUCUUAUACGUGUGAACCACUCGCAGACUGCACUACGAUAUCAUUCAAGCAACGGCUCUAUAUGUAAAACUGAUGUGGAACAGAUCCAAGAGGCUACUCCUGAACAUAAAAACCCUAUAGGUCACUAUCCAGAAAAUGAGAUCAAUACUGUACAAUCAGAACCAUACAUAAAACCAAAUAGUGGCCAAAAACUGCAGCCAGAAAAUGAUCACUUUCUAGUUUUGGAUCCGCAACAAACGGGUAUUUUAAAGAAAAGAAGCAUACCUACGUAUUUCAAACAAAACCAACAAAAGAGACUGAGCAUAUUGCAAGGUAUGGAAAUUAAUCCGAGCUUUUCUGCUAAAGGUUCGAAUGCGAAGAAGAACAGUGCAACCGCUAAAAAAUUCUCCUCUGACGACCUCUUACGAGCAAUUGAACAUCAAAGGAAGAAUUUAUUAGAAUUUGAAAGUUUAGUUUCCAAUGAUCAACUACAGAAGGCCAUUCAUGAUAUGAAACCGAUAAGUUCUGCAUUAAAGAUGUCACAAAAGAGAUACGAACAAUUAAAGAACUCGUUAGAAAUUGCAUAUACCUUGCCUCAGUUAAAACAGUAUUGUAAACGUUAUAACAGCUACAAAACUUCGAGGCUUUCGAAGAAAAAGUUGAUCCAGAAGAUUAUGGAUGAAUUCUGGGAAUGCCAGAUAGAUGAAUCAGUUAAUGAAUUAGAUGACUUAAUCUUGGAACAAGUGAUGGAUGUUACACAAAGAGAUAUGUAUUUGUUGUUGCUGACUGAUAACGGUAAAAUAUUGCAGAAUUUGGCUCGUAUCGGUGCGACUAUAGCUGCUGUAUUAGCAGAAAAUAAGAUUAUUGUCCGCGGCACAAGACCUAUGAUUAGAUAUGUUGAGGUUUCUAUUGCUAAUAUUUUGAAUAAUAUCAGUUCGCAAUAUGUCUCUAUGCAGGAUUUUAUUGAGGAGCACUCUGAAAUUGAUAAGAAUAAGACUAGCUGCCAGUUCACACCACAACAAAUAAUAGAAUUAGUACAAAAAGAAGGUUCCUCAUAUUUUGAGGAAGUCUCUGAUGAAAAUGGCAAGGAUAUCUUUUUGUUAAGUGCACUAGGAGAAAAGAGGGUUGCAACCUCCAAAAAGCUAUUGCUUUGGGCGUUAGAUUACAAACCGCAGGUAACUCAAGAUGUAAUAUUUUGUGGUAGUCAGGAUAAAAACAUGUUAUGCUACGCCAAAUAUCCAGUAUCCAAUACAGAUUGGUUUGAUUGGAUCUCUAAAAAGGAGAACUGGUUCAGGUUGCAAAGAAUUCGUCCUAAGAAUCCUGUGGACGCGUCUAGUACGGAACCACGACAACUGGUCCUUUCAGAUGACACGGUUAAUAAAGUUCACCUAUUUUGCAUCGAAGAAAAAGCCAAUAACGUUUCUCCUAUAACCAAUAAUGCUGCAGAAUCAAAAUCUGUCAGUGUAACUUUGGGGCAAAUCCUCACAAACGAACAUGACUCUAAACAGCUAUUUCAGGCUCAAAUUCCACAAACGAGUACGAAAAUCUUAAAACUUCCUCUUUAUGAUGGAUUAGCAUCUCCAGACGAGUUGUUUAACGUAGACCAACAUCAGUAUUUCAUCCAGCUAAAGUUUAUCCCAGAAUUGUCAGCAUUGAACUUUAAGCACAAUAUCCCGCCCUUGGAGUUGUGGUUUGCAUUGAACGACGAAGACGGUGUUGAAAAGGACAGUAUCCGCUGUAUCAAUCACUUAGAAGAGAGAUCUAUGAUAUUACAGGCUCCGGAACUAUAUCACGAUUUUAAAAUUACCAUGGAUCAUGUCUCUGAAAUGGUGCCAUUAGAAAGAGAAGAAAAAAUGAACUGGAUUGAAGAACACCAACCUGGGUUGAAAGAAUAUUUGGACAAAAUGAGAUUAGAUCUGAAUUCAAAAUAUCAAUCCAGAAACCAAGUACUUCCUGAGGAACUUUCAUUAAAUAUAAAAUUAGAGAACGGUGAAAACACAUAUGCUAAAUACAGGUACUUGACCAUGAACUAUCGCAGAGUCCUGAACUUAAAGUACAUGGAUAAACAUUUGGUCCAAUUUUCCAAUGUGAACGGAGGAAAUCUUGGUGGAACGUUUUCUCAGAUAGAAUUCAUAGGAGGAGAAUUAUUAGACUACCACAAAUUUAGCUCCUUUAUCAAGGAUGUUACUAGGUUUCACUAA